AUGACCAUCUCUACCCCCUACACCCCGAUGCCCUCGCUAGGCCACGAGCUGGGCAUCAUGUUCGGCUUCAUGGGCGCCUGUGCGUUCACGAUGGUGGCGUAUACUCUGUUCUGGCGUGCUGCCCAACGCCGCGCCAAAGACGAAGACCUCGCCCGUCGCAAAGCCUUCCACACACGCGGCACGCAGCGCCUCCACGACGCCGCCGGUGGCGCGACAGGGGUCUUUGAUAAAGAUCCAUACGGGCCGUUUGGGCCGGGAGUAGGAGUGCGCAUGGGCGCGAAGACUUCUUCUACUUUCACGCCGAACAAUAUCAAUAGCAAUGGCAACAUCAGUGGCAAGGCCAACAGCAAUGUCCAUGAGAAAAUGGUUGAUCGCUAUGCGCCGCUCCCACUCCCGCCGGAUCGGGUCGAGUUGCCGGUUCAUAGCCAAGGGGAUGGAGUUGACGUUGAGGUGCCUGUUAUGUUGCAGGGGAGUGAGGGGAGUCGUGCGCAGUUGCGUUUGGAGGAGCAGGGAGUUUUUCAGAGGGGAAAGUUGGGGGGUGCUCAUGGUGGGAAGGGGACUGAGGUGGAGUUUUUGUAG